AAGAAAAUGUUUCUCCAUUUUGGAAUUUUACUUCUUUUGUCCCAAGGACUUCUUAGUAAGAUAAACUUCAUUUUAUUGUUACAUAUUUAUGUACAAUAGUGUGUGGUCUUACGAAGGAUUCAAACACGACUCAAACAGCAAGUAAGAGUCAAAUAGCGUUAUGUAUAAUUUUUUUGGCGAAGUGCACGUUUCGGAACCUAUAGAUGGAGACAGCCGAAUAAUUGGUGGCAAAGAUGCCACUCCAGACAUGGCUCAUUACCAAGUUUCAAUUCGUGGUCAUCAAGGAAACCAAGAAUGGCACAGUUGCGGAGUGUUUAUUUUAAACGAAGAGUACGUGUUAACAGCCGCUCAUUGCGUUUUUAAGAAAAAUAUGAAAGACAUGUCAAUAGUCGCUGGCAGUCACACGAUCGAUAAAGGCGGCGACCGAUACAAGAUUAAGAAAUUGGUCCCUCAUGAGAAGUAUACUAAGCCAGUUGUAAAGAAUGACAUAGGCAUCGUUCAGAUCGAAGGCAAAAUCAAAUACAGCGAUAAGGUUCAACCCAUUAAGCUGUUAAAAGAAAUGGCACCGAUUGGAAAGAAAUGUCUCUUCACGGGCUGGGGAUACGUACACCUUAGAAGAAAAACUUUACCAAACAAUCUUCAAAUGUUGGAGUACGAAACAAUAAGCAAUGACGACUGCACUAAACAAUUAAAGAAGUCGCCUUACCCGAAAUUGAUGCCCAUAGACGCCGGACAAAUCUGCGCCAACCGCCCGAACGAGAAAGGUGCAUGCUAUGGUGAUUCUGGUGGUCCUCUCGUCAUUCAAGACGAUGAGAACAAUACUGUUCAAAUAGGAGUCGUGUCCUGGGUAGUUCCCUGCGCUAGAAAGUAUCCUGAUGUUUUUGCUUCAGUCCACGGUUACUACGAUUGAAUACAGAGCAAAAUGAAAUAAAUGACUUAUUAAAAGUAAUUUAUUAAUUUAAGUUUGGUACACAAUGUACA